AUGGCCAUGUCCAAAACACACCGCUACAUCGCCGACACCAUGUUCAACUGGCGCAUCACCGACCCCAACGCCAUCCUCCCGCCCGACUACUCCCCGCGCGAACUCCUCGCCUUCGGCUCACAAGCCACCUUCGCCGACCUCCUCAGACGGCCCGGCACCAUCGGCACCAUGGACGCGCUCGCGUGGUCCAAGUACUUCGCCGAGGCCAUGAAGAAGCUGAGCGCCGUCAGCAUUGGGCGCCACAGCGAGGUGGUGCAGCUCUUGAUCGACAUGAUUGCGGAGCGUAGGGCGCAGCAGGGUGACGCCGCCGUGGCGGAGAUCAUGACGGUGGAUUUGAAAGGUGCGGUGGAGAGGUGGGAGGGCAUGGAGAGGGAGAGGUUGGGGCUGUUUGCGCUUGCGAGCGCGGCGGUUGGAGAAGCGAGGAGAGAGGAGAGGGAUGAUGGGGUUUUUGUUGGGGGGUUGAUGGAGGGUUUGCCGCGUGAGGAGGAUGGUGGUGCGCCAGUGACGGGUGGUGGUGGUGGAUUCUUCACCAUUCCUAUACUUGACAGCGCAAGGCAGACAGGUGCUGGAGACGCGCAGUAUACGGAGCGUGAGCUCUGA